CUGCAAACAAGACACACCCAGGACUUGAGCUGGCAACGCGUCCUGGUAAGCGCAAGAGGUCGGCUUGUUGUGGGAGGCGCAUAGACUGCGUAUAGGGCAUUUCUUCUUUUCCUCUAUUCUCUUAUUUCCCCCGAUACAAGAGGGACACAUUCAAGCACAAGCGCCGAUAGCCGCACUUGAACUCUGUGUCGCCUGCAAAACGCGUCCCUGGCUAGCGCGUCUAUGCAGUGAAGUCGAGGCGUCAGAGUAGUAACGAAGGGUGCUCUCUUCAUACUUCUGUCUUCCAUGGCACAAGAAGGCAGCGAUGUCGCAAAGCCGAGACUCUCGUUUGCUAGCUUCUUUAGCGGUACACCCGCUACAGAGCUUGACUUGCCCGUCGCGAAGAGCGAGACAGUCUCGUCGCCUAAACGGGCCGUGUCGCCUUCCACUAACGGACAUACUGCGAAGCAAACAACCGCCUCCGUCCGGCAUAUCGAGGGCGUGACCAAACAACAGCGCGCAUCUCCCGCUGCUUCGUCUACACAACCGUCGCCCAGUGCCACACCCAAGGCGAGAAUACGGAAAGGCAAUUUCAAAUGUCUUUAUGACCCAGAGUUAGAUAAGAAGGCCGCAAAAGGCACAAAAGCAAAACUACGCUACGAUGGAGGUGAUGAAGCGACGCCAACAGAUCCACGGGCAUCGCGCGAAUACUGCUACAAAAAGACGCUCGGCAAGCGUAAACUGCGACAUGAACUCGUCCGGCUACAUUGGUCACACGACCCAGUCCACUCCAUCGGACCCGUACCACCUACCGCUAUUCUCAUCUCUGGCUUAUCUCUGCUCACCACCUCCAACGAUAUUUCUCAACAAUUUCGUGGCUUUGGCGAGAUUGGCGAGGUGCAGUUCCAAGUGGACCCAUAUACAGGCGCAGCGCUGGGUUUAUGUCGGAUAUGUUAUCGUAAACCAAGAUCCAGUACAGGCACGGCACCUGAAGCGGCAGCGCAAAAGGCACUCGAUACCAUGCAACAAGUGAAAAUGGGUGGACAACUCAUUUCUGUUGCCUUUGAUCAGGAUGGAUCGUUAUGCGAGCGUGAAAAGGAAACCGCCCUCAAAGCUCGCGAAGCGGCCAAACUCGAAGCAGAGGCUGCAGCAGCGAAACGUGAACGUGCUGCGAAACAGGCAGAGCGCGAUGUGACGGCUGCUGUACCGCGUGGGCCUAAAGCAUUGGUGGUGGCAGAGCAAGAGGCACUUGCAAGAGAAAAGGUAAUUGCGGAUGCAGCGACUGCCGCGGCUUCAGCAGCGGCGGCAGCGGCCACGGCAGCAGAACUUGAACGAACAAAGCAGGAGGAACGUGAAAGGGAGCGCGAACACGAACGCGAGCGUGAACGAGAUCGCGACAGACUUCGGGAUAGAGAACGAGAGCGAGAGCGCGACAGGGAUCGUGACAGAGACUAUCGUUCUCGUCGGGACCGGUCGCGAGACUACGACAGUGGCAGACGAGACCGAUCACGGACGAGAUCGCGUGACAGACGAAGGGAUCGGGACGACAGGUACAGUCGUGGGAGUCGGCGUCGCACACCGUCCAGAGAACGCUCGCGGGAACGUACACGUCGUCCAUCGCCAGCACACUCCUCCAGUCGAGCAUCCGAUACAACACGCCGCAUCGAUGGCUUGGCAUAUCUCUACAUCUCUGGCGCCGACAUUCCGCUCCAUCGCGUCUCACCCAAGGAUCUCCAGAUUCACUUUUCCGGUAGGAAGCACAAGGAAAUCUUUUCAGAUGCCCGUGGGUUUUACAUUACCUUUCGAGAUGAAGCGCAUGCCGAAUCUUGCUUGCGUGCCAUGAAUCGCUCUUCCUUUCUUGGCUACAGACUGCACAUGGAUCUACAUCGUGCGCGACGAAGUGAGCGAAUAAAUGGAAACGUGGACAAGCCGUUGAAAAUGGGUGGCUUUAAGCGGUCCUUUCAACCCGCUGAUCCGGUGGCCAUGAUGACUGACAAGAUCAUCAAGGAGCUACAAGAAGUCUUUAUGCGCGAUUUGAAGAGUCGUAUUGCUGGGCCGGCGUUGCUUGAAUUUCUCAGUCCAGCACGUCUUGCAGCGCUCGUUGGCCGAAAUCAACCACAGACAAUCAAGGUUGACCCGACCAAACCACCCUGGCAGCAACAAGUGCCCUCCCCUGUCAAAGCUGAAGUGGUACCGUCGCUCGACUUGCCCGUUGCAAAAGAAGUCAAAUCGCUGGCAGAUGUCUUGUCUCAUAUUCCACGUUUCAAGAAGAAGGGUAUCGUAUCGCAGGCUAAGGAUAUUGGUCGAAUGCGUUUGCCAGAGAAGAAACCAAGUCAUCGACAAAGUCAAGGACAUCGUCGUUUAGAGCAUCGCCACACAUUGAGCGACUCGGCUGCAUCGAGCUCUGAAGGUGAGUCAGACGAGGAUGACGAUGAGGAGAAGAGCAACCGACCUUCCUCUGUUGCGCCGAGUUCUGCAGAUGUCACUGAUGGUGAUCGUACGCCUUUGCGCACCAUUGGCACGGUCAAGGGUAAAGCGACUCGUCGACCGGCACGGACGCUGCUUGCAGCUGAUACAGACGAAGAAGAAAUCAAGAUUGAGGCACUGCCGACGUCUGAUGUGGUGAUGCAGGACCGCGCAAUGGUUGAUUUCACAAGCAGCGAGGAAGAAGAGGAUGAGGUAGCCAAGACAACUACAAAGCUGCCUGAUGCAACUAAAGACAAGGACGCGCUGGAAAGUGAUGUCGAGCCACAGCAGACCAUUGUCGCCGCCAAGAAGAAGUCGAAGAAGAAGAAGGUCCCUGAUAUUGUUCAAGAAGAGAUUGUUGAAGAGGAGGAAGAGGCCUCGAGCGAGGACGAAGCACACACGGAUCGCCAUACUCUCGUUGGAGAGGAAGAUGAGGUUGUUUUGGACAUCGAUGGGAUUCAGUCGCUUGUUCAAGACGACGAAGACUUUGGCCUUCUUCGCCAGCUCUUGGAAGAUGUCUUGCCGGCUCAAGAAAUCAUGGAUGUUGGGUUGUGGGCCUGGCAACAAAAAGAAUUGAAGGCUGCGCAUGCAGAUGGCGUCAAGGGCGUCACAAAGCAACCCAAGGAUACGCCUGGCUACCACUACACGCAUGCAACAGGCAGUGCACGGACGGAAGGCUACUACGCCAUUCCUGAUGUUGAAAAGUCCUUUUACUUGCCAAAUCGCAACCGUGCGCUUGCAACAGAGCCCGGUAUGGCUGCAGCAUCAAGCAGUCGCAUGAAUCGUGCGAACAAUAGGCGGCAGGCUGCUGGCAUUGAAUUGCAGCGGCAGACAUUGGACACACAAACUGAUUUGCUCCGCUUCAAUGCACUCAAGUCGCGAAAGAAGCAUCUCAAGUUCUCGCGUUCUGCGAUUCACGACUGGGGCCUGUAUGCGCUUGAGGCCAUUGAGCGCGGAGACAUGGUGAUUGAGUAUGUGGGCGAGAUUAUCCGACAGCAGAUUGCCAACUUUCGCGAGAAGCGGUAUGAGCGGCAAGGAAUUGGUUCGUCUUACUUGUUCAGGAUUGAUGAGGAUCUGGUGAUUGAUGCGACCAAGUGCGGCAACAUUGCACGCUUCAUCAACCAUUCGUGCGAUCCUUCGUGUACGGCCAAGAUUAUCUCUGUGUAUGGGCAGAAGAAGAUUGUCAUCUAUGCGCAACGCGACAUUGGUGUGGGUGAGGAGAUCACGUACGACUACAAGUUCCCGCUGGAGGAUGUCAAGAUUCCGUGUCUGUGUGGUGCUGCGACGUGCCGCAAGUUCCUGAACUAGGCUCUUGUGGUGUAUGGCUUGUUCUUGGGUGUCUGUAUUGUAGAUAGCAAGGGGUCUCUCUACUGUC